AUUUUCAGAUUUAGACGAAUGCUUAAAAAUGCUGAUCCCAUUGUUCUGACGUGUAAAGCGCAAUAAAAACGUAGGGUGGUAGACAAGUUCCUCUUUUUCAUUUUGAUUAUCUGGUUGGACUAUAAGUUACUUUAUAUCUCCCAUAUAUUUCCUCGUCAUCACUUCACCUAUCUCACAAACCUCACCAUGUUGGAUGCCAUCACGCAACGAAUUGCUGGCACAUACCUCUCUGGCAUGGGGGUAGCCUUUGUGGUAUGCGCCACGGUGACCUGGUGCCGAAAGUACAGCAGGAACCGAAACAAACUCUUACAAUUGGCAGCACUUGCCAUUGCACUUGUUUUCAAUAUCCUCAUGCCCAUUGUCGCGAUGGAUCUACUGAAGACGCGGUACACCCUGCAGCGCACCACUGUCGCCGCAUUCUUUGCUACCUGGUUCAGCGCCAUUUCGCAGUACAUUUACAACUACUUUAUGAUGAUACGAUUACUGUCCAUCAUAGAAGGACGAAAACCCCUUGUGAGGAUGACGAUCUACGUGGUAACGGCAGCCAUCACCAUAGCGUAUCUUCUCGGCGAUGCUGUCAGCUUUUAUGCCCUUUCUCAGUCGAAAAUGAGCAUUGUCCUUUACACAAACAACAAGUACUUUAAUGACAUCGGCAAGGCAGCGCAAACGGCAGGAACCCUUUUAUACACUGUGAUGCUGGCGGUCACAGAUCUGCUUCUCCUAUCCAAAAUCACUGGACUCCGACAGACACUCACGGUUGGCAAAAGUAAACGGAAAUCACAGCGUCACGGGGUGCAAAUGGCCAUCCUUCUCAUCGGCAUUGCAGGAAAGGUCACUGAAGCCGUACUCAAGAUCCUUAGUGUCUCGACAACGUAUAUGAGUCUCGACUCGUACUUCCGUGGUACGAAUAUGGCUAUCGAGAUCUGGACGCUCGUUGAACUUGGUGUGACGAUUCAAGAGGUCAUGUCAUCAAAAACCGACUCUGCAACUAGUGAAAGCAAACCCACCAAUAAUAACAAAUCUGAACAUGGAACUAGUGGUCGUCCUGGUCAUACCCUCGCUACUGGCGUAACAAGCGCUGAAUCUAAUUUGUAAAGUCGAUCUUUACAAGCAUAUAGAUGCAUUAUUGUAAUAGUUGACAGUAGGAAAGGGGUUGUUUAUCAAGUGUAUUAAGAAUGCAAUACUCAUUGACUAGACUCCUGCACACAAG